AUUCAGAAAAAUAAGAGUUCAGCACACAAAAGGAGAGAGAGCAGAUUUUCGCCCAAAAACAUUUCAGCCACAGCAGUCAUCUUUAAACCGCGAUUCCCACUUCGUUUCUUGUCUGAUUGAGCUGAUUUUUGGAUUGUGGGUUCCUCUCAUCUCGAUCUUUGAUUAGGAACUGACAAAGCUUGAUUUGGUGGUCUGUAGCUCCUGUUUUUCAGUCCCGAACAGUAGCUACGAUUUUGGUGUUUGUAUUCCUUUACUCUCUUGUUUUGUUGUUGUGGUGUAUGUAUUGUUGCGUGUUGUUUGACACUUGUUUGGUGGCCAUUUUGGAGGACAAUAUUGUAAAUCUUUGGUGAUUAUAGUGGAGGUUUUGGUCCCGUAGUUUUUACUUUUCACACUGAAGGAUUUUCCACAUAAAUCUUGUGUCUCGUGUGAUUACCUUUAUUCUUGUCUUCUUUCAUUUGGUUGAUUUGUUUGUUGUAUAUUACUCUAUUUUGUUUGGAUUUGUUUCUCUCCUUUUGGUACAAAUUGAAAGGAAAAGUUUAGUCUUACGUAUUUUUUGCUGCUACCCUGUCGGGCUUUUUGAUUGUGUGCCCGUCUUUCCUAACAAAUUUUUCUGCACUAAAUCAGUAUCUGAAAUAUGCGAAUCCAAUGAACUCUACUAAUCAAGAAUGCUAAAAUACAAACUUCUUUAAUUUUAAAAUUUCACACUUACCAAAUCUUAGUUGUCCGGUAUACUGCACACUAUAUCAGCUGACACUCCUACACCAUGAUAUAUCAUAAUUAAUUGAUUAAAUAAAUAAACAUAUUACUAUCAUCUUAUAACUAGGCACUUGACUUGAGCAAGUACAUGUAUUAGGUCAAUUGUUACCAACAACGCAAUAGAAAUGAGACAAAAACUAAAUAACUAAUGCUCUCUCUGGAACACAAAAAAUCAAUUAUACAAUUUACGAUGGAACACAUUUUCACUCUAUUUCUCUAUGCUCCUUUGCUACUAGCUUUAUACAUUAUAACAAAACAUUUCUUAAGAAAACUCAGAAAUAAUCCACCAGCUCCAUUUCUAACUUUGCCAAUUAUUGGCCAUCUUUAUCUACUCAAAAAACCACUUCAACGUACCUUGGCCAAAAUCUCCAAUUCUCAUGGCUCUGUUCUUCUCCUGGAAUUCGGCUCUCGAAAAGUACUUUUGGUUUCAUCUUCAUCAGCAGCUGAAGAGUGUUUCACGAAGAACGAUAUAGUUUUCGCGAAUCGCCCCCGUUUAAUGUCCGGGAAAAUUCUUGGUUAUAAUUUCACUUCGUUGGUUUGGUGUUCUUACGGAGAUUACUGGAGAAAUCUACGGAGGAUCACUUCGGUUGAGAUGUUUUCCCCUCAUCGUCUGCAAAUGCUUCAUGGAAUUCGCGUGGAUGAAGUGAAAUCUAUGGUUAAGAGGAUCAAUUCCUUUGCCAUGGCUGAGAAAUGUGUGGAUAUGAAGUCCGUGUUCUUCGAGCUGAUGUUGAAUGUCAUGAUGAGGACGAUUGCUGGAAAAAGAUACUACGGAGAGAACGUGGAGGACAUCGAAGAAGCUACGAGAUUCAGGGAAAUGGUGCAGGAGACUUUCAGGAUUGCCAGUGCAACGAAUGUAAGCGACUUUCUGCCAGCGUUGAAGCGGUUGGUGAGGAAAUUGGAGAAGAGUUUAGUUGCGUUGCAACAGAAGAGAGACGAGUUUAUGCAGGGACUGAUCAAAGAUUGCAGAAAGAGCAUGGAGAAACAAGGUACUGUUACUGAUUCUGAGAUUGAAAGAAAGAAAAAGCCAUUGAUUGAAGUGUUGUUAACACUGCAAGAAAAGGAACCUGAAUAUUACAAAGAUGAAACUAUCAGAAGCCUUAUGCUUGUACUAUUAGCAGCAGGGACUGAUACUACAGUUGGGACAAUGGAAUGGGCUUUAUCUCUGAUGUUAAACCAUCCUGAAACACUGAAGAAAGCACAAGCUGAAAUAGACGAACGUAUAGGACACGAACGUCUAGUUGACGAGUCAGACAUCACAAAUCUACCUUAUUUACGUUGCAUUAUAAACGAGACGUUCAGAAUGUACCCUGGAGGACCUCUGUUAGUCCCUCACGAGUCGUCUGAUGAGACCACCGUAGGAGGGUACCGAAUACCUGGAGGCACUAUAUUGCUUGUGAAUUUGUGGGCUAUUCACAAUGACCCUAAGCUUUGGGAUGAACCAAGAAAGUUCAAACCAGAAAGAUUUGAAGGACUAGAACGUGUUAGAGAUGAUGCCUUUUGGUUCUGGAAGGAGGAGUUGUCCUGGAGAAGGAUUGGCUGUUUGAAUAAUUGCUUUGUCAUUGGGAUGUAUUAUUCAGUGCUUUGAUUGGCAAAGAAAUGGCAAAGAAUUGAUUGAUAUGACUGAAGGAACUGGAUUCAACUUGCCUAAAGCUCACCCUUUGGUGGCAAAGUGUAAGCCGCGACCUGUAAUGGCUAAUCUUCUCUCCCAUAUUUGAACACAAUUCUCUCGAACCACAUGACCAAGCUAGAAUAUUUUUCAUAUUGGUCAUCUAUGUUAAUGUAUUUCAUCCCUUAUUAA